AUUAGUCGGAGCGUACAAAGUGGGUCUUGUCCGGAGUAUGGACAGUGAAAUCCAACGAGACGGUCGAGUUUUGGAUCUCACCGAUGACGCCUGGAGGGAAGACAGACUGCCAUAUGAAGAUGUCACAAUUCCACUGGGUGAACUCCCUGAGGCUGAGCAGGACAAUGGCGGAUCCACAGAGUCUGUGAAGGAACAAGAGAUGAAGUGGACAGACCUUUCCCUGCAGAGCCUCCAUGAAAACACUCCAAACGCUGGGAGUUGAAUCACCACUCCAUGCAACUGGAGAACACAGUUUUGCUUUUUUUUGUGUGUUUUAGUCUGGUAAUCCUAGUUGCACACUUUCAUAAAUACCUGUUAGAGGUUUCUAGCGUUCCUACUCGGGAGCAGUCCUUCAAAACGCAUGUCAGCUCUUGUCACGUUCUGCUUUAACUUGUACAAAUCUGCACUUCACAAUUUUUUAAAUCAGCCCCACGCGGUUUACGAGGCUAAGUUAGCAUGUGAACAGAUGUCCUCCUUUUAUCUUAGAGUCUUUGAAACAAUUAAAUCAUUACAAAUCCA